UUUGCCAAAUUUGAAACAUAUCAAAAGAAAAUCUUCACUUGGAACAAACACACACACACCCAAAUAAUGGCCUCUCUAGCAACCUUAGCUGCCGUCCAGCCCACCACCCUUAAGGGCCUUGCUGGAAGCUCCAUCGCCGGCACUAAGCUCCACAUCAAGCCCGCCCGCCAGAGCUUCAAGCUCAACAACGUCAGGAGUGGUGCAAUUGUAGCCAAGUAUGGUGACAAGAGUGUUUACUUUGAUUUGGAAGAUAUAGCAAACACCACUGGUCAAUGGGAUGUCUAUGGAUCAGAUGCACCUUCACCUUACAACUCUCUUCAGAGCAAAUUCUUUGAGACAUUUGCUGCUCCAUUCACAAAGAGAGGAUUGUUGCUCAAGUUCUUGAUAUUGGGAGGUGGUUCUUUGCUCACAUACGUCAGUGCCAAUGCUCCUCAAGAUGUUCUACCUAUCACCAGAGGUCCACAACAACCUCCUAAGCUCGGACCUCGUGGGAAGAUCUAAACAAUCUUUUCUUAUUUCUCAAUGUAAUAUUAUUCAUUGUAAAACUCAAAAUCAUCUUUAAUUGAAAUGUACAAUUUUAAGAACA